GUGCUGCCACCCUCAUUGUCUGUGGGAGGCGCGUCGAACGGGAGCGCUUUCCGCGGUGCUGAACGACGCGUCCGCGGCUACCGCGCUCCGUCGCUACUCUAAAAAACGUAAAUCCCGACUUCCAGCCGAGGCCGACUGACCGCCGCUUCUCAUCAAACACAGAGAACGAGGUGAGGACGACCGGUGUGAACAGCGGCAGCAACAGCGUUAGCAGCAGGAGCGCCGUCGUCUCGAGGCUGAGAGGAAGGUUUCUUGGCCAGCAUGGUGGAGCGCGCACAGGCGCGCGGGCUGCGGAAGACACGCUGCGGCAGCGCGAGAGCACAGGCACGCGCUCUCAUCUCGAGCUGAGGUGUGAUCUGACUCAGCUACAGACAUGGUGUACGCUCUGCCAAUGGAGGCAGUGAAGCCCUCUCUGCACUCCACACUCCUCUCAUACCUGAUGCAGAACAAUUCAGAGUACAAUUCCUCAGCAUUUUUGACCAGCUCACUAACACCCAUCUGCAACUUGGACACAUCAUCUUUAUCCUUUCAGCCCAAUGGGACACAGACCUCCUAUGAGCUAACCCCAGCGGAGGUGACUGUUCUGGGGCUGAUCUUUGGAGUGCUCUGGUUGAUCUCUGUCCUGGGGAACGCCUUGGUGUGUUUGGUCAUCCACCGCAGCCGCAGAACUCAGUCCACAACAAAUUACUUUGUGGUGUCCAUGGCUUGUGCAGACCUGCUGCUGAGCUUGGGCUGCGCUCCGUUUAUCUUGCUCCAGGUCUCUUCUGGACACUGGCCUUUGAGUGCGGCAGCCUGCAAGGCAGUUCGCUACAUCCAGCACUUGUGUCCUGGAGUGCAGGUGUAUGUGCUGCUUUCAAUCUGUGUGGACCGCUUCUAUACAAUUGUGUACCCCUUGAGCUUUAAAGUAUCCCGGGAGAAGGCCAAGCGCAUGAUCCUGGCCUCUUGGCUCUUUGAUGCAGCCUUUGUCUCCCCAUGCCUCUUCUUCUAUGGCUCAUCCUCAUCCGCAGCAGAAAGGCACUGUGAAUUUUUCAUCCCAGACUCUUGGGAUGGCCUUGCCUACGCUUUGGUCCACCUGCUGUUUGGGUUCCUGGUGCCUGUACUCCUCAUUCUGUCAUUUUAUCAGAGAGUGGUUCGGUACAUCUGGAGGAUCAGUGCCGACGGACGCACGGUGCGCAGGACCAUGAACAUUGUCCCCAGGACUAAAGUGAAAACCAUAAAGAUGUUCCUGAUGCUCAACACUGUGUUCCUUCUCACCUGGAUGCCCUUCUAUGUAGCCCAGCUAUGGCACCCUAGGGAGACCACUGGAUCCAGCAGGCAGGGGGCACUCUUCUUCGUGGCGAUCACCUGGAUGUCAUUCAGCUCGACAGCUUCUAAACCCACAUUGUAUUCAGUGUACAAUGCCAACUUUAGGCGAGGCAUGAGAGAGACAUUCUGCAUGUCAUCUAUGAAGUGCUACCGAAGCAAUGCUUACACCAUUACUGCCAGUUCACGAAUUGCCAAAAAGAAUUAUGUGGGGGUGGUGGAACUGCCUGUGCCAGCCAAGACUCUGAUCAAAGAUUCAGUCUACGACACUUUUGACCGCGAGGCAAAAGAGAAAAAACUGGCAUGGCCUAUUAGUGUCAAUCCUCCCAACACAUUUGUAUAGGCUGGAAUCCCAAGCUUCAGUUGUGAGAAUUUAACAGGACAAGUGAACUCAAAAUGGUUUUAAAUGCACAAAGAAUGAUGCUAACUCAGGUUUAAAAUUGAGACAUUGUGGAACAAACCUAGCAUCGCCAACCAACAAUGUUAAACCCUGCUAUGAUGAACUGCGUCAUUUCUUCUGUUUGAGCUAAAAGAAGCAGACAGUAGUGACUAUUUGUCCAUAACUCACUCAUGUGUCUUAACUCAUGUUGUGUUAAGGUUUGAUGUGCCCUGGGUCAGCAGCCAGUUGUCUAAAACAGCUAGUGUUGUCUUGGAAUAAGUGUCUGUGUUAUUUGUCUGUCUGUAGGACAUUAAAUAAACUUAAACGCUUGCAUUUUGUUUCUUGUGAUCAUACAGGUCAUCUCAUGAUGCAAAGCAGAACUGCCAUGUUGGGUGACAUUUUGUUUUUUGUUUGGAAACAGAUUGAGAGCCUAUGUCUACUUUUGUUCUGAACUUAGAUUUGUUUGUAGUUUCAAAAAGACUGCAGUUUGGCUAAAGAUUGUGAUCUGUGAGCUAUGCUUCUAAAAAGGACGGACACUGGAGCCUACAGCUGCUGUCAUGCUCUCAUUGAAUACCAUAGGGUGUUACUUUCUGUAUGAAACUUCUCAUUUCUGCAAAUGUCCACAUUUCGCAUUGAACAGUGGUGAGCAAUGAAUAAAGAACUUGUAUAUCA